AUGGCGGCCAGCGCUUCCCACUGGCACAGCUACAUCGGGGUGAUCGUGUCCCGUGAGAGGCAGCGGAUGGAGCAUUUCCAGCAGGCCGAGGAUAUCCUGCUGACCCUGCUGGAGGGUGUCCAUGCCAGGGAGCCCCGUUUCCUCGUGGACUAUGCCAGGAACCUGGAAGCCUUCGAAUUCGCUCUCAACGCCUCCGAGGAUGCUGUCACCGUGGAGGUCCCCCUGCGCAUUGAUGGCAAUGCCUUGCGGGUGCUGGCGUGCCAGCCCGGGGACACCCCGGCUGGGCACCAUCUGGGGUUGGGCACCUGCUAUCUGGAAGUGCCCUCUUCAGGGACCGACUUGGAGGACUGGACCAGUGCCGUGGGUGUGAUGGAGCAGGGAUGUGGUGUGGGGUGCCUGGUUCCGGGCAAAGUCCUCCAGCACCUGAAAGAGCUCCUUGUUUCGGCCAUCGUGCGCUGCCAACGCCACUUCCUGCUUCAGCCAGGUGACCUCAGUGCUGAAAAACUGCAGGAAGAUGCCAUGGAGCUCUCGCUGCUGAUCCGCGGUGGCUGGAAGACCAUCCGCUUUGACAUCAUCCCCGUGGUGAGGAGGUGGCAGGAGCCGUUCCGGCUCAAGGGGCGGCAGAGCAACAGGGGCUUCCCUAAAGGCACCCUCCAGAAGGCCACAGAAGAAGCUCACUUCGUCCCGGCCUCUCCCCACUGCUGGAGAUCCUCCACUCACCUCCCCAUCCUGAAGCUGGUCCAGGCAGUGGACAUGCAGAAGGGACCCCGUCUGGACAGCCUUCGCCUACUCGACCAGCUCCGCUGCCAGGACUGGGGAGAGGAGGGGGGGAAAUGUGGUCUCACCUUCAACCAUCUGAAGAUGGUGCUGCUGUGGAGCACGGAGCUCUUCCCCUCCCCAGAGGACUGGCAGGACCUGGAGGGCUCAGUCUACCGGCUCUUGGUGAUCCUCCUCCGCUGCCUGGCCACCCGGCACCUGCCCCACUUCCUGCACCCAGAGGAGAACCUCUUCCAAGGAGAGGCCUUCGACUUCGCCUCCCUUUACUGUAAGGUGGAGAGCUUCGCCCGGGACCCCCAACGCUUCCCCCUCCCGCAGCGCCCCGCCGAGGAUGGGGCAUGCUGGGACACAGCCUACUUUGAUGUUCUGCUCAGCCAG